AUGGAGAUUCUUUCGGCCAUAGACCAUGGCGCGAGCCAGGAGCUUCGGCGGCGAGUAGACGAGUCCAUGGACGCCAUUCACCGCACGCUCACCAAGUACAAGCCCAACGAGAUCGCCUUCAGCUUCAACGGCGGCAAGGACUCCACCGUUAUAUUGCACCUACUGCGCGCAGCCAUGGCAUGCAACUGGCCCUCCACUCACCUCCACCGCUGCCGCUCCAACCCCGAGCUCCGCUCCUCCUGCUACUGCGCCCUCUCCGCGACCCACGGCGACAGCUGCGACGGCUGCGAGGAGUGCGGCGACGACGACGACCCGUUCGCGCCGCACACGCUGUCGUCGUCGUCCGACUGCCUCUUGGCACCUUCAGCGCGGGGGCGCGUGGCGCGGUCCGAGGCGGGGGACGAGGAGGGAGGCGAGUCGUUCAAAAUGGGGGCGAACGCCACUUUCUCCGACGAGGAAUUGGACGACGGGAAGGCGGAAGCGAAGGCGGAGGCGGAGGCGGAGGCGGAGGCGGAGGCGGAGGGGAAGAUGGCGGGAAGCGACGACGGGUGGGAGGGGGAAGCGGACGGGCUGUGCGCGAUCUUCUUCCGCGAUAAGGACAGCUUCGCGGAGGUGGACGAGUUCACGUUCGACAUGGCGCGGCGCUACGGGCUGGCGCUGCUGCAGACCAAGGAGGGGUUCAAGGAAGGUGUGAUGGCGCUGCAGCGGAAGCGGCCCGUGAAGGCGAUCUUCCUCGGCGUGCGUAUCAACGACCCGAAAGGGAAGGGCCAGCAGGUAUUCGCAGAGAGCUCGCCUGGGUGGCCGCCCUUCAUGCGCGUGAACGUGAUCCUCAACUGGACCUACAGAGACGUCUGGGAGUUCUUGCUGCUCACCCGUGUGCCCUACUGCUCGCUUUAUGAUGAAGGUUACACCUCCAUUGGGGGAGUGAGCGACACCGAGCCCAACUCCGCGCUUCGGAAGGCCAGUGACAUCCGCACUUUCCCGCCAGGCCUGUGCCCGUACCUGUGGCUCCUAGCAGAGGCAACAGCAGGGCAAGGGGAGCGGUAUAGGAACUGCCCCUUCCUCCCAGCCUACUUCCUGACUGAUGAGACUUUAGAGCGAGCAGGCAGACAUAAGAAGGAUGCGCACGCACAUGCGCCGGCCAAGGAACCCAGCAACACAGGGAAAUUGGAGGGAGCUGCUGCUGCUGCUGCUGCUGCUGCUGCUGCUUCAGAUUCAGGGAAGGAGAAUGUGGCUGAGGAGGGGGAUGUGCUGAACGGAGGCAAAUGUGUGGAGGGAAAGGCAAAGGAGGAGAUGAAGGAGAAUGCACCUGCUGCUCUGCGCAGUGCCCUUGUGGUGGUGUGA